CUUCUUUGACAAAUGGGAGUGUAGUUGAAUUUGUGUUUGCAACACUAGUGCCAGUGGAAGACCAACUAUGGAUAAGCGAUGUUAUGGUUGUGCUUCAAAGUUCACUCUGUUCAAAAAAGAGUUGGGCUGCAAAAACUGUGGACGCUCAUUUUGUUCAGGGUGUCUAACAUUUAGUGCAUUGGUGCCACGCUACGGUAACACUCAGCAAAAAGUCUGCAAGCAGUGCCAUGGCGAUCUCACAAGUGGUGGAAAAAAGAAUGAUGCUGCAAGAUGGUCACCACCUGAGAACUACAAAAAACGGGUUGCUGCCCUUGAAGCCAAACAGACUCAACCUUCAAGACAUGCUAGUGGAACUAAGAAUACAUCAGCUCUCAUUUCAACCAAGGGUCUUAGUAAAGAGGACCAAGAGAUUGCACAAAGACUCCAGAAGCUGAAAGAGGAACCAAAACCAAAAUCCAUACCGUCUGAGAAGGAGAUAGAGACUCGUCUUGCUGCCCUGAAAGCUCCAGAUCAGCCAGUGCCUUCCACUCGAGAGAUGGAAGACCGUUUGGCUGCUUUACAAGGAAAACCACCUCCUUCUAAAGCUCCUCCAGCAGUUCACCAGCCGCCUGAUAACAGGACUCAAACCGAACAGGCCAAUGACUUAAUCAUGCAAAUGACUGAGGAAGUUGCCAUUGAUAGACAGCAGUGCCCUGAUGCUGAUAACUCCGAGAGUCCAGUCACCUCCCUGAACGAUCUCAACAAGCAAGCAAGCAGUGAGACAGUGGAUGAGAAUUUGGAUGAUGAACAGCUGUCACUCAAGAAGAUAGAGGAGGAAAAGAGCCGCUUGCUGGCCAAGGCCAUGGAGGAGCUCAAACGAGAGGAAAACUGCCAGGGGCAGCUUCUUCAGGUAGCCAAGAGACUGGCUGUGCUGCAGGGGCGUGACCCGGACAAAGUCACUAUGACAGAUUUCCAGCAACCUGACAGUGAUGAAGAGACUGAGGAAGAAGCAACUGCCAGGAUACUAAAAAGGCUGUCAGAAGAGUGUGCCUUAGAUGAAGCCAGUGGUUAUAACAUCCCUCCAGAGCACAGUGGCCCAGACAAUAAAAAAAAGCCCAAUUUGAAUAAGAAGCAGAUUCCAUCUCAGCCAUCUAAAACAAAGCCUCCUGCUGUCUCUGUGAACUGGGGUGCCACACGUGAUGAGGAUGACGAUGAGGAAGAUGAGCUGCCCUGGUGCUGUAUCUGUAAUCAGGAUGCCACCAUUCGGUGCCACACAUGUGACCAAGACCUGUACUGCAACCGUUGUUUUAGGGAAGGCCAUGAUGAAUUUGAUCGAAAAGAACACCGCACAUCCAGUUACACAGCCCCCAAGAAAAGCAAGAAGACAGGAUCCUCAAAAUACAGUUAAAGUGUGUCACUAACAACCCCAAUGUGUCACUACAGAUAAUAAAUUCAUUACAAAGUAAAUACAGUUAAUCACUGAUGAAUGCAUUUAAGUAUCUAGAAAUAGUUGUUGAACGCUACCUAGGUAUGUUGAAGUGCGCUAGCCUCUGGCAUAAUGAUAUGGCUUUUAAUAUUUAAUAUAGUUUCCGUCAAGGUUUAAUAUCCAUUGUAUGUCAUCAUAUCCGUAAUCUGUUUUUAUUAAAAGGAGGUAGUUAAAUGUAGUGUUUAUUCACUAAUGGAAAACUCUUUGGGUCCAAAUAUUUCCUUUUUGUCCCUAGUAAAUAUUUGGACCCAAUGAGAUGGGACAAUAGGAUCCAGGUUUAAAAAAUCCCAGAGUUUUCCUUUCAUUCGUUCAUUCAUUCAUGUUCAGUCACCGCUUUCUCCUGCUCAGGGUUGCAGUGGAUCAGGAGCCUUUCCUGGAAGCACUGUGCAUGAGGCAACAAAAACCCACACAAUCCCUAACCACAAGCUCAGGAUCGAAGCAGGGACCCUGAAGCUGUGAGGCAGGAAUGGUACACGUUUUGCACCACCAUACUGCCCUAUUAAUUUUUAAUAUACACCUAACUGUAGUUUUGUGGGUUAAAUACUUUUUCCGAACGGAACAUUAAAAUGAAUCAAGCAUAUUAUUUGAAUAAAAUAAAAUUACUUGAAAACAAGCAAAGUCUUCUUUCACUUCAACUUGGGACGGUUGUGGUGUCCCUCAGAAAAAGUGCUUAGUAGAAACUGAACAAAAGAACAGUGAUGCAUUGUGGUAUAUAUAAAAUAAACACCACCUUUACAUUCAAAUACAGGAAGCGAUAUAUCCCUAUGCUGGAGAAAAAAUUCAUGACUCAGUGUAUUUAAUUAAGUGCAGAAUUUGCACUUCAGUAAAAUAUGUAAGUUCAACAAAAAGUAAUUAAUGGCAGAUUUAUGGGAAACUCAUUAAAUAGAAAUGUGUACAUUUGCAAACUUGAUUUAUUGAAGUAACAUGGACAAUAUAUCAACAUGUAAAAGCUACAUAAUGCUAAAGUCACUUUUUACAGUGUACAUGAAUGGAAUUACUGUAAGUAAUAAGAGAAGUGAGUAAAGUUUUUAAGUGAUUUAA